AUGGGUGAGUCUGCAGGGCACGGUCAGGAGGUCCAAGAGGCUGCAGAGGCCCACGACGGCUCGGAAGGGGCCUUGGAAGGGGCCAACAUUGCCUCCGACAGCCAGGCACGGAUUGAUCCACUUAUGGCGGUUUGCUUCUAUUACCGAUUGUCCUUGCCUCGUCAGGCAAAGCCGCAGGGCAGCCCGGGCAAGCUGGGUCAGGUCCGGGCUUUCAAGCGCAAGCUGGAGGACCGGUCAGGGCGCAGUUUGAGCGGUCGUGAGAGCCUUCGUGCUGGCAUCAUUGACUCGGGCGAGGGUCGAGAUGGCAGGGUUAAGCGGAAGGCAGCAGCCGUGGCCGAUGAGAGGCUGAAGGCACAGAUAGCCAUGGAGAGGGGCGUGCGAGAACGAGCACCAAAGGCACAGGCGAGACCACAGCCACAGGACGAGGAGGUGCAGGCGAAGCCCUCUGAGGCGAAGAAAGGCAAGGGCAAGGGUGGCAAAGACGGGAAAGGAAAGGGAAGAGGAAGAGGCGGAAGAGGUCAAAAGUCUCGGUCGGGAGAGGAACGGGCCAGCGGAUCUCGGACGAGCGCGAAGCCACCGGUGGUGGCCUCCAACGAAGAUGUUUCGCCGGCAACGGCGACGGAGGUACCAUCCACGGAUCCCAAGACAGGCCCUGUGCCCACUGCAAGUGUGGGGGCCGACGACGCAAUGCAGGGCUUGGUCACUUUGGCUGGUGGCGCGAACAGGCUGCCUGAGCGGUUGAGCAACUGCGCCUUUGACACCGGAGGACAGGAGUGGGUGCCUCGUGGCCGGGUCGGCCAGGUGCCCAAGGUUCGACGCCCAUACCUCCUCUACGGCUACACCCACAAGGCGGAGAAGUCAAAGACAGGCAUGGCAGCGUGCAAGCGCUGCGGCGACAAAAUCCCGAAGAGCGCUUUGAGAAUUGGUUAUCCGGUCAAGGACCAACGAGGCGAAUAUGGUGCCAUUGUCAACUGGUUCCACAUGGCAUGCGCGCGGCACGAUGACAUGGCCGUUGCUUAUGCCAAAAUGGGGGACACAAAGAUGUCGAAGACUAUUCUUGGAUAUGCAGAUAUGCCCGUCGACAUGCGCCAAGACUUCCGUGCGGAGCUAAUGAAGCCAAAGGAGGAGAUGGGGUCCUUCAGGGGAUUGCUUCACCCUCGCACAGUCGGAAAGCCCACGCACCACAGCCAUUCUCAAAUUACCCGGCGUUGGACGUGGGUGCAGCUGGACCUGGCCUCGAAGGCGUCUCUAGAGGUGGAAGCACAAGAGACUGAGCCUCCGCCGGAGCCGCAGCCGGAAGCGCCGCCAGCAGAGCAGGCGCCACGCAAGUUGCCGCAGCAUCCGGCCCCAAAAGCUCUCACGCGCUCGAUGCUGGCAUUUCAGUCCGAAGGUCUGGGCUGGAUGCUGGAGCGCGAGGCUGACGAAACCACUCGUGGAGGGAUCUUGGCAGAUGAGAUGGGUAUGGGGAAAACGCUCCAAACCAUUGCGCUUAUACUGGCAGGCGAGAUAAAGGGUGCCACGCUUGUGGUGUGCCCUGCCGCGGCCAUGCUUCAGUGGCGCAACGAGAUCCUGCGCUUCACAGCACCAGGUAGCCUGGAAGUGCGUCUCUAUUAUGGGCUGGACAAGAAGAGCGUGCUGGAUGAUUUGAUGGACGAGACGGUGUAUCUGCGGCGGACUGUGGUUCUCACUACCUACCAGACGCUGGAGAGCGACUAUCGUCAACAGGUGAAUCGGACGAAGGUCCAGUGCCAAUGGUGCGGUCGGCUCUUUCAAAAGCAGAAGCUCUUCUACCACCAGAAGUACUUUUGUGGACCAGACGCUCAGAGGACAGAGAAGCAGAUGAAGUCGCAGCGGAAGGCCGACUUCAAGGAUGAGGCGGUCAAGAAAAUGAAGAUCGGUGGGACCGAGACGAACAUCGUCUUGAACCCGCUCAAUGCGAUCCGCAGUGCGGCCACACAAGCGUUGCGUCGCAGAGCCAAGAGCUCAGGUGCAAUGCCAUUCCCUGUGUCCGUGCUUCCGGAUGAAGCCCAGGCAGCUCUGCGUGGCGCAGGUGAAAGUUCUCCGCAGGCAGGGGCACCGGCCACCCCCGCCAAGCGCCGCCGUGGUAAGGGGCCCGGUGCGGACGCAGAUGCAGCGUGCAGAAACUCCAGCCCUAGCAGCACCCCGGCGCCCGUAUCGAUGCCCAGACACGGGAAUCGAAGUGGAAACACGGGGACCGGCAGCGAUGACGCAUCGCGCGUUGGAUGGGGUGCCACCCUGAACGGCAAGCGUUCGACUAAAGUCAUUGAGCUUACGCAGAGUGAUGACAGCGACAUAGAGCUCUUGCACGAAGAGGGUGCGCAAAGGAAUGGCUUGGCCUUUGGGUCUGCAUCUGCGUCUAAGCCCAAGAAGGGCAAGUCGGCAGAGGUCGAGGCGAACACAGAGGCGAUUGAGCCUCCACCUCCACCUCCUCCUCCUCCUCCUCCCGCUGAUGCUGCAGACAUCGAUCUCUCGAGGUCGGCGUUGUACAAAACGGUUUGGGGCCGCGUUGUCCUCGACGAGGCACAUCGCAUCAAGACUCGGACGAACAGCACGGCACAGGCUGCCUUUGCGCUGCGGGUGCGCGGGUCACGCUGGUGCCUGUCUGGCACCCCGCUCCAGAAUCGAGUGGGGGAGUUCUGGUCCAUCAUCAGAUUCAUCCAGUUCUAUCCAUAUGCGCACUACUUCUGCACAAGGAAAGGCUGCAAGUGUUGCUCGCUGCACUACCGCUUCGAUAUUGAGACCUCGCUUUGCAAGAAAUGCGGCCACACCAAGAUGCAGCAUCGCAGCCACUUCACCACCGAGGUUUCCAACCCUAUCAAGAAGUUCGGCUUCCUUGGUGCCGGGAAGGUGGCCAUGGAGAAGCUGAGAACGGAGGUCCUGGAUCGCAUCCUUCUUCGUCGAACCAAAGUGGAGCGUGCGGCGGAUGUGCAGUCGGAGGCUGAGAUCUCGCUGCAUCGUGGCAUCCAGCCUACUGAGCUGGUAUCUUGGUGCGUCGAGGAUUCCGGAUCCGUGAGCAAAAUGCCGAGCAAGAGUCACGGCAUCGCAGAGGUGUGUGCCUUGUGCCAAGAUGACAUCGAGGAUCGGCGCCAGCAAGCAACUGCAUCGUGCGGGCAUUGCUUCCACAAGGACUGUCUAAAAGAGUAUCUGGAGCAGGCGCCACAGCUGCCGAGUGGCGGCGUCGGGUGUCCCACCUGCUUCGUCCCGAUGACCUGGGCAGAUCCCGAGGCCCAGGCUGGCGCCAGACGUGUGCGGCGUGCUUCACGCUGUUUGUGGGCUUUUUUCACUUGCCAGGAAGAUCAGGAUCAGGAGGAGGACGACGUCAUCCCGGAAGACUUCGAAGCCCCGGCGAAAGAUGUGGAGCCACCGGCAAAGGGACGCCGAAAAGGCAUCAUGCAGAAGAUCAAGACCGCGGACUUCCAAAGCAGCACCAAAAUCGAGGCCCUGCUGCAGGAGAUCCAGAAGAUGCAGGCGGCAGAUCCCUCGAGCAAGGCACUGGUCUUCUCCCAGUUCACGCGUUUCCUGGAGCUCAUCGAGUGGCGCCUGAAGCGGGAGGGCAUCUCUGCGGCCACUGUGCUGGGCAGCAUGCCCAUUGUUUCACGGAACAACAUCAUCGUGUCUUUCCAGACCGAGCCUAGUCUCAAGGUCCUCCUCAUCUCCCUGAAAGCCGGAGGAGAGGGGCUGAACCUGCAAGCAGCGGACCACAUCUUCCUGAUGGACCCUUGGUGGAACCCGGCUGCGGAGGCCCAGGCCAUUCAACGAGCUCAUCGCAUCGGCCAGACCCGGCCGGUGAAGGCGACUCGCUUCGUUGCGGCCAACACAAUCGAGGAGAAGAUCAUCGAACUCCAGGAGAAGAAGCAAACGGUGUUUGAUUGCACCGUGGGCAACUCCAAUCAGGCUUUGCAAAGGCUCACUGCUGAGGAUAUUCAGUUCCUUUUCAGCAGUAGCUGA